CUUUUUGUUUCUACAUAAACAACUACAAAAUAUUUUUCUUCAAUAUCUCCUGCUCAAGCAAACACCUAACUCUCCUUUCUAUAUAUACACUAAAUGUUGAAACAAUGAAUACACAAUCCUACAGCAAAAACAAAGCAGAGAUAUAAUAACAGAGUCAGAAGCAUUCAGUAACCGUACCAGCUUUAAUCAACGCCUCAAGGUCUCAGCUCGCUUAUAUAUAAAAAAGAAAUGGCGGUUUGGCUUCUCUUUGUUGUUUUCUCUUGUGUUCUUCUUCUUCCUGAUCCUGCAUUUGGGAUUACAAGGCAUUAUACACUGGACAUCAAAAUGCAUAACGUGACACGUCUUUGCCACACGAAGACCCUUGUUUCAGUAAACGGGCAGUUUCCAGGGCCUAAACUUAUUGCUAGAGAAGGUGACCAGCUUCUGAUAAAAGUUGUUAACCAUGUCACAAACAAUAUCUCUAUCCACUGGCAUGGGAUCAGGCAAUUACGGUCUGGUUGGGCUGAUGGACCAGCUUACAUAACCCAAUGUCCUAUUCAGACAGGACAAAGCUAUGUCUACAACUACACCAUUGUUGGCCAAAGAGGCACUCUGUUUUACCAUGCUCACAUCUCAUGGCUAAGGGCAACAGUCUAUGGUCCUAUUAUCAUUCUUCCCAAACGCGGUGUUCCUUACCCUUUCCCCAAACCUCACAAAGAAGUUCCCAUGAUCUUUGGUGAGUGGUUCAACGCAGACACUGAGGCAAUCAUUCGCCAAGCAACACAAACAGGAGGUGGUCCUAAUGUCUCUGAUGCUUACACGAUCAACGGUCUUCCUGGUCCAUUAUACAACUGCUCGGCUAAAGAUACAUUCAGACUGAGAGUGAAGCCAGGAAAAACAUACCUUCUAAGGCUAAUCAAUGCUGCACUUAACGACGAGCUCUUUUUCAGCAUUGCAAACCACACGGUCACAGUCGUUGAAGCUGAUGCGAUCUACGUCAAGCCAUUUGAGACGGAUACCAUCUUAAUUGCUCCAGGACAGACCACAAACCUCCUGCUGAAAACCAAACCAAGUUACCCGAAUGCCUCUUUCUUCAUGACUGCUAGACCAUAUGUCACAGGUCAAGGAACUUUUGAUAACUCUACAGUGGCAGGAAUCUUAGAAUAUGAACAACCUAAACAUGUUAAGACCUCUAUCAAGAAUCUUCACCUCUUCACACCAAAACUUCCUGCUCUAAACGAUACAAACUUUGCUACCAAGUUUAGUAAUAAGCUGAGAAGCUUGAACAGCAAGAAAUACCCGGCGAACGUGCCUCUGAAGGUUGAUAGGAAGUUCUUUUUCACGGUGGGAUUGGGAACAACUCCGUGCAAUCAUAAGAACAACCAGACAUGCCAGGGUCCUACUAACACAACAAUGUUUGCUGCAUCAAUCAGCAACAUCUCAUUCACAAUGCCAACAAAGGCUCUCCUUCAAUCUCACUAUUCUGGCAAAUCUCAAGGAGUGUAUUCUUCAAACUUCCCAUGGAAUCCUAUUGUUCCGUUUAACUACACAGGCACUCCACCUAACAACACAAUGGUUAGCACAGGGACAAACUUGAUGGUUCUACGUUAUAACACAAGCGUAGAGCUGGUGAUGCAGGACACUAGCAUUCUUGGUGCAGAGAGCCAUCCUCUUCAUCUUCACGGGUUUAACUUCUUUGUGGUCGGCCAAGGGUUUGGGAACUUUGAUCCGAACAAGGAUCCUAAGAACUUCAACCUUGUUGACCCGAUUGAGAGGAAUACAGUGGGUGUGCCAUCUGGUGGAUGGGCUGCUAUUCGAUUCUUAGCAGAUAACCCAGGAGUGUGGUUCAUGCACUGUCACUUGGAAGUACAUACGAGUUGGGGUUUGAGGAUGGCUUGGCUUGUUCUGGAUGGAGAUAAGCCUGAUCAGAAACUUCUUCCUCCUCCUGCUGAUUUGCCCAAAUGCUGAUAAUUCAAGUCCUUUUUUUGUUUCUUGUCUCUUCUCUCUUCCAAGCUUCAAACAUUUUUUCUCCGGCCAUUUAUCUUUUGACAUGAGGUCAAUUCUUGUUUAAUAAUUUGACAUGAGGUCAAUUAUUUACUGUUGCAACGCUCUGUUUUCUGUAAGUGUAAGAUCCAUGUAAUGUAAUACUAUGCUAAGUUAAUAUAUAUACACAAUUUAAUUUGCGAAA